AUGGCCACCACCACGCUCCAGGUGAUGGGCUUCCUCCUGGCCGUGCUGGGCCUGGCGGGCUGCAUGGCCGCCACGGGCAUGGACAUGUGGAGCACCCAGGACCUGUAUGACAACCCCGUCACCUCGGUGUUCCAGUACGAAGGGCUGUGGCGCAGCUGCGUGCGCCAGAGCUCGGGCUUCACCGAGUGCCGGCCCUACUUCACCAUCCUGGGCCUGCCAGCCAUGCUGCAGGCAGUGCGAGCCCUGAUGAUCGUGGGCAUUGUCCUGGGUAUCAUUGGCCUCUUGGUGUCCAUCUUCGCCUUGAAGUGCAUCCGCAUCGGCAGCAUGGAGGACUCUGCCAAAGCCAACAUGACACUGACUUCAGGGAUCAUGUUCAUCGUAUCAGGUAUCUGUGCCAUUGCUGGAGUGUCUGUGUUUGCCAACAUGCUGGUUACAAAUUUCUGGAUGUCCACUGCAAACAUGUACUCUGGCAUGGGCGGGAUGGUGCAGAGUAUCCAGACCAGGUACACCUUUGGUUCUGCUCUGUUCGUGGGUUGGGUGGCUGGUGGCCUCACGUUCGUUGGAGGUGUGAUGAUGUGCAUCGCCUGCCGGGGCCUGGUGCCAGAGGAAACCAGCUACAAAGCCGUGUCUUAUCAUGCCUCAGGCCCCAACGUCGCCUACAGGUCUGGAGGCUUCAACGGCCCCUCUGGCUUCGGGUCCAACUCCAAACCCAAGAAGAUAUACAAUGCCCGCUCUGAGGACGAGGUUCAGUCUCAUCCUUCCAAGUAUGACUAUGUGUAG